AUGGAUGGCACAGCCACCUUCAAUGUCCCCACAAUCAGAAGCCACCAACUCCGUCCAAACGGGACAAAAAAGGAGAAUGGAAGCAGCAGCAUAAGACUCGAAUCUGGUCACUGUGAAUGUCCUCUAACAGGAAAUUCAACAAUGGGAUUGGGGAAUCAGGAAGAAAGAAAACCGGAAAACCAAGAGUGA